AUGCUUUUGUGGAGAAUUGCUACCAACGUGCUGCCUUCUAAAGAGGUAAUCAGUAGAUUUAAUGAGAAUAUUGAUAGUUGUUGUUCAUUGUGCGGUUUGGCUACUGAGUCUUCCCUUCACCUAUUUACGGUUUGUGCUAUUGCUAAAGCUGUAUGGUUUCAAAGUCAGUGGGGGUUGAGGAUGGAAGAGGUAGGAUUUGAGUCCACUUCGGACUUUAUUGGCUUUCUCAUUUCUCCUCCAUUUGUGGACAAUCUGAAUCCUUGUCAAAGAGAAGAAUUUUUGCUGUUUGGCGCCAUCCUCUGUGAUGUUAUUUGGAAGCUUAGAAAUAGUUCCAUAUUUGAUUCCGUUGUGCCUAACUUGGAGGGAGUUGUGUCAAGGAUUUUUAGCCUUUUUGCUGAGCAUAAAAAUUCAAGAGCAUCCUCUACUAGUCAUCUGGCCUCGGUCUCUCCUCAGGUUUGGUUUCCUCCCUCAAGGCAGGACAUAAAAAUAAAUGUAGACGCAGCAGUGGGUCCUCGCUUUUCUGCCAUCGCUGUAGUUGUGAGAGAUUGGAGAGGGGUGUUGGUGUUUGCUGGCUCUAUGAAAGUGAACACCACCCUCCCUCUUCAAGCUGAAGCAGAAGCGGUUAGAUGGGCAAUCUCUUUAGCUCCUACUUUGGAUGGUGAUUUUGUGCUUGUGGAGUCUGAUUCUCAAGUUGUUGUACAGCUUCUAUCAAAUUUGACACUACCUCCUUCGUAG